AUGAAGCCCUCGGCUGUGAGUUUCCCACAAUCUAAGGAAGAUGAUAAGAAAGAAUUCAGUUUACAUGGCUCCCUGGCCUUAUUCGGUGCCUUCACCGGCUUCUUCUGCACAGUGGGAUUUUUCAAUUCAUUCGGUCUCUUCGAGUCAUACUACAAAACUCAUCAGUUAGUGCACGAGUCUCAAUCGACUAUAUCAUGGCUUGGAGCUGUGAGCACUUUCCUCCUGUAUGCAGGCUCGAUCGUGUGUGGUAUUCUCCUCGAUACAUUUGGUGCUAGAAUCAUGAUCUAUUUAGGCGCUUUUGGAACGAUUCUCUCUGUCAUGAUGGUUUCUUUGUGUGAGAAAUUCUGGGAAUUCAUGCUGUCGCAAGGCAUAUUGUUUGGCAUCUCCAUGGCUCUGGCGUAUACCCCGGUGCUAGGAGUAAUCGGUCAGUAUUUCAAAUGCAGACGAGCUGCCGCGCUUGGCAUUGUCAUUUCUGGUUCCUCUCUAGGAGGUGUUAUAUGGCCUAUCAUGCUCCAAAGGCUCAUUUACAACCCGAACGUUGGCUUCGCAUGGGCCUUGCGGAUUGUAGGCUUCAUGAUGUUGCCUCUGCUUGGUCUCACCUGUGUUUUAGUAAGACCACCAAAGAAGUCCCCAGCAUGCGAUUGUGACAUGGCCGCAGGCGAUCGGAGGCUCCAUGAGUGUGACUGUAAUCUAUUCACAAGCAAUCAGGAGUCAAAAGGGGCUCGAGAGAAGCCAUCCAUUGCAGUGAGCUCGGCUCACUUGAGAAAGCCGGAAGCUGUCCUGACCUGCUCGGCGUUCUUCGUUAUCUACUUUGGCAUGUUUACACCACUUUUUUUUACUGCAUCAUUUGCCAGAGCGAAGCACUUUUCGGAAGAUCUCUCUUUCUACACGAUCUCCAUUAUGAACGCCGCUUCAUUAGUAGGGAGGGUCGUUCCAGGGUUUCUCGCAGACUCGUACGGAAGGUUCAAUACCUGCGUCCUUGUCACUAUGUCUUCAGGAAUCAUUGCUUUUUGCUGGAGCACGGUAUCAUCUUUGGCUGGGCUCGUGAUAUUCUCACUGGCCUAUGGGUUUUCUUCAGGAGCAAUUUUGUCCUUACAACAAGCUUGUGCUGCGCAAAUUUCAACGCCCAAAACGAUCGGCCGCACGAUGGGAAUCGUUAUGGCCUCUGCAUCAUUGUCGUACGUCGUGUUCAUUGAAAAUCAUCUGGUUCACCUCAGAGCUAAAAUUUCAAACAGCGGUCUGGCCGGUAUUCCAAUCAGCGGCCAAAUUUCCGAAAAGUACGGAUAUCUGGCUUUGUCGAUGUACGCCGGGGCAAGUCUGAUUCUGGGCAGCACCCUUCUCGCGGCUGCCAGAUUCAAACAGCAAAGCCAUCUUUGGGCUGUUGUUUAA